UCGUUGGAUAGCCAAGUUGCGGAAGUGCGCGCUCAGCAGAGGCUGGCAGCUUGAAAUGCAUUUACAUUAGGACCUUGCGCAGCCUACAGUACAUAUCGACCUGUAACAUGAUUUGUUGUUGGGGAUAUGAUAAUGAAAGAAUAUCUAUUCCACUGAACUGACACCGUUUCGAGUUCAGUAGCCUACCUGCGUUGUCCUGAGCGAGACCAAUCGUUAUUUUCAUGCGUCUGGAUUGGUCGGCUGGCGCGUUUACAGAGUUAUGGGUGCAUUACAGUCGUUACCUGAUGAACCCGAAUACAGAGAUCUCUCAGAAAAGACCGGCUUUUCCUUCGAGCAGAUUGGAAUCCUGCAUAAAAGAUUCAAGCAGUUGAGCCACAAUGAAGACACGCUGAGACGUGAUGACCUCAACACAAUUCCAGACCUGUCAUGCAACCCGAUCCGAACCCAAAUUAUAGAGGCCUUCUUUGACAAAAGAAACUUCCAUCAGAAUGGUGAGGGGACUGUCCAGGAGAUCAGCUUUGAGGAGUUCCUGGUGGUCAUGUCCCACUUCAGACCUCCAGCACUGGACAUGACAGAGGAACAGAGAGAGAUUAUCAGGAGGGAAAAACUCCGCUUCCUAUUUAACAUGCACGACACAGACAAUGAUGGAACAAUCACUCUGGAGGAGUACCGACAUGUAGUGGAGGAGCUGCUGUCUCGGAGUGGAGCCCUGGGGAAGGAAACGGCUAAAGGCAUAGCAGACGCUGCCAUGCUGGAGGUAGCCAGUAUCUCCAUGGGUCACAUGGAACCAGAUGAGUUUUAUGAGGGGAUCACUUUUGAACAUUUCCUAAAGAACCCAGAGCGUGAGGGUGAAUGGAUGCCUGUCAGGGGAGCUGUCAUCAUCAACAGGCUCACCCCAGGGAUCUGUCUUCUCAUCACUCCUCUAUACCCUGUACACUGAUGGUUGUCGUAGCCAGUACGAGAACUGACACGGAAGUCCCCCUACCUACAGAACAUUAUCAUCAAAGGACAGGACAGUGUAGACAACUACAAGUAUCUUGGCACAAUGAUAGCUAAAAGUGGGCAGGAAAGUCCAGCAGAGUAGUCUGUCUGACCUGUACAAGAGAACAGAUAAGUGGUGAUGAAGGCAGAAUCCAUCCUGUCUGACUGUGCCCAUCCCCUACACCUUGAGUUCCAGGUCCUACCCUCUGCCUCCCGGUGUAGAUUCCCCACUGUUAAUACUAAUAGGUACAAGCACUCUGUCACCACAAUAGCCAUUUCCCUUGUGAAUAUAGGGAAGAUAAUGAGGUAGGCUAGGGGUGAUUUUGAGGAUGAUGAUGGUAAAAUGUUGUUGAUGAUGAUGAAGGUGAUGUUGCCGUUGUUUUUGGGGUUUUGUCAGCACAAGAUGUUGACAUGAUGACCUAAUAUAGGGAAUAUAGAACACUUUACUUAUUAGACAACUUUGGCUCACUGUACUUUUGUGCUUCUGAUAAUGUUGGUCACUAGUAGGCCUACUGUAUAUAUUAGUAUUGAUGGCUAUUAGUAUUGAUGGACCAGCUAGACCAUUGUAUUCACUAGAACUGUCUGUCAUUGUAAUCCAUGUGGAUUUUAUAUUGUUUGUUCAAUGUUGUUUUUAAUUCUCCUUUGCUGCAAAACCAAUUUCCCUCUGGGACAAUUAAAGUUGAAACUUGAACAUACUGA